AUGCCUUCUCCUAAGAACUCAUCAUUGGAUGAAGCUGAAGCCAUGCCAGUUUUUGAAGCUAUUAGGAGGGCUAAGCGCUUAAGGUUGUUCGAGCCGUCUUUGGGUGUUCUUGUUUUUGUUGUUGUUACUGUCUUUGUGAUUUGUUGCUUCUUCUAUUCGGAUAAUAGAUACUCUGGUUUAAGAUUUGGGUUCUUGGAACAACCUCAGAGGUUUGCUUGGUUGCGGAUAAAAGGGUCUACUGAGCAACGCAGAGUUGAGUUUCUUGGAGAUAAGGGUGGUGGGUGUGAUUUGUUCGAUGGGGAAUGGGUUUGGGAUGAGAGCUACCCGUUGUAUCAAUCAAAAGAUUGCAGCUUUCUGGACGAAGGUUUUCGAUGUUCUGAGAAUGGAAGACGUGAUUUGUAUUACACCAAAUGGAGGUGGCAGCCCAAAAGUUGCAACUUGCCAAGAUUCAAUGCAACAUUGAUGUUGGGGAAACUGCGAAACAAACGAAUAGUGUUUGCGGGGGACUCAAUUGGGAGAAACCAAUGGGAGUCACUUUUAUGCUUGCUCUCUUCCGGAGUUCCUAACAAGGAAUCAAUCUAUGAAGUGAAUGGAAGCCCAAUUACAAAGCAUAAGGGGUUCUUGGUCUUCAAAUUCAAGGAUUUUAAUUGUACAGUGGAAUACUAUAGAGCUCCAUUUCUUGUAUUGCAGAGUCGACCUCCUAAAGGAGCUCCUGAAAAUAUUAGGACAACUCUCAAAAUAGAUACAAUGGAUUGGAACUCUGAGAAGUGGAGAGAUGCAGAUAUCCUGGUUCUUAACACUGGGCACUGGUGGAAUUAUGAGAAAACAAUAAGAGGGGGUUGCUAUUUUCAAGAAGGCAAGAAAGUUAAGCUGGAAAUGCAGGUAGAAGAUGCAUACAAACAGUCCAUUCAGACAGUACUGAACUGGAUACAAAAUACAGUAAAUCCUAGCAAGACCCAAAUUUUCUUUCGGACUUUAGCCCCAGUGCACUUCAGAGGCGGGGAUUGGAAAAACGGUGGAAACUGUCAUAUGGAAACACUACCGGAGCUUGGCUCUUCAUUGGUGCCUAAUGAUAAUUGGUUACAAUUCAAAAUAGUCAAUGCUGUCUUAUCUGCCCACACAAAUAUUUCUGAAACUAAGAAGUUCAUGGUGUUGAAUGUAACUCAGAUGACUGCUCAUAGAAAAGAUGGACAUUCAUCAAUCUAUUAUCUUGGUCGUACUGUUGGCCCUGUGGUGCCUCAUCGUCGCCAGGAUUGCAGUCAUUGGUGUCUACCUGGUGUACCUGACACUUGGAAUGAGAUUCUAUAUGCACUGUUGCUUAAACAUGAAGCUGCUCACACAGGGAACUUGUAG